UUUGAUCCUUACUUAUAUACAAGUGGUCGAUGGCUACGAAACGACAAACGCCAACGCCAGUUACGCCAGAUUGACUUCAACUUUGAUAAACUCUGCCAGAAGAUAGUGGACUUAUCCAACGGAGCAAAAUCUAUUAAGGAUUGUGAGAAAAAGGAGGGCGGUUUCAACAGGGUGUUCGUUUUUACCAUGGACGACAACUCACGUGUCGUGGCACGACUACCGUUUCCAUUAGCUGGGCCCGCAAAAUUAGCCACAGCUUCCGAGGUGGCGACGAUUCAAUAUUUGCAACAGAAAACGAGCAUUCCGAUCCCGAAAAUUCUUGACUGGAGCGACGAUGGGGCAAACAAUAUUGGAAGCGAAUACAUAAUCAUGGAUCAUGCGGCUGGCAUUCAAUUACAUCAGAAAUGGCCCUAUAUGUCGGGUGACCAA